UAAAAUUAGUAAUUGUUCCCUGGGAAUUAUUCUUUGCUUUGCUUUGCUUUCCUUUCCUUUCCUUUGCUUUGGCUUGCUCGCCCCUCUAAUCCAUUAUUCUCAUUCUCUCCACUAAGGGCUUCUCUUCUGUUUCACUCUCACAGCUGCUUUCAACUGAAACCAGGUAUUCUUUCUUUUUAGCUAGCUUACAUGCGUCAUGCUUUCUGUGUAUGGCAUGGAUCUUCUCGUCCGAACUCUUUUAUUUUCGGAUGUGGGUUUUCCUGCGAAUUGUCAUGCCAUUCUGUUUCAGGUGCGAAGCACUCUAUGUUGAAACACUAUCGCUAGCAGCGCGACCCAGGUUGUGGAUUAAAGUAGGCUUUCGAGCCAGAUGCUUGGUUAAUACUUUCCGGCAGAGGGAAAACAUGCAUUUUCUUUCUUUCAUCCGUAGAUGUUGGAGAUUGUUUUUCUGAAUGAAAUAGUUAUUCUAGAUCAGGUUGAUAGCCAAAAGGGUGCACUUUUACUCAAGAAGACAUCUGCUUAUAUGCUCAUAAUUUUUGUUUCCUGGAUGAAGCGUGUUUGCUCUUCGUUGAUACUGCCUUUGUACUGAAAAUUGUGCCAAUUUCCUAGGCUACAUAUAGAUGCAGUUUUUUUUUUUUUAGAUUGUUAAUCAAGUGAAAGUAAGUACAUAGCCAUGCAAAGGGAUAACAGCACUAGUGCCCCAUCAACACCCCGGCUUCGGCACCGCAGGCGCUCCAACGAGGUUAUUCCAGAGGCUAGUAAGGAAAAUGGAGGCCAUUUACUGCUUCAUGAUCGAAACAAAUACAAGUCAAUGUGGAUCCGUGCAUACUCGACCAUUUGGAUGAUUGGGGGCUUUGCUUUUAUUGUCUACAUGGGUCAUCUCUAUAUCACAGCAAUGGUGGUUGUCAUUCAAAUAUUUAUGGCCAAAGAACUAUUCAAUUUACUUAGGAAAGCCCAUGAAGAUAGGCACCUCCCAGGUUUUAGACUUCUAAAUUGGCACUUCUUCUUCACUGCAAUGCUAUUUGUCUAUGGCCGCAUUCUCAGUCAAAGGCUAGUCAAUACUGUAACUUCAGACAAAUUCUUGUAUCAGCUCGUGAGCAGCCUCAUCAAGUAUCAUAUGGCUAUUUGUUAUUUCUUGUAUAUUGCAGGUUUUAUGUGGUUCAUUCUCACGCUAAAGAAGAAGAUGUACAAGUAUCAAUUUGGCCAGUAUGCAUGGACGCACAUGAUUCUUAUUGUGGUGUUUACUCAAUCCUCUUUCACUGUGGCCAAUAUUUUUGAAGGAAUUUUCUGGUUUCUUCUUCCAGCCACACUAAUUGUCAUCAACGACAUUUUUGCUUAUAUCUUCGGUUUCUUCUUUGGAAAAACCCCUUUGAUCAAGUUAUCACCAAAGAAAACGUGGGAGGGAUUCAUUGGAGCAUCUGUGACAACUAUGAUCUCUGCAUUUGUGCUUGCAAAUGUCAUGGGGCGUUUUCAGUGGCUAACAUGUCCAAGGAAGGACUUAUCAAGUGGUUGGCUUCAAUGUGAUCCUGGGCCUUUAUUUAAGCCGGAGUAUUUCACUUUACCAGAAUGGAUUCCUGAAUGGUUUCCGUGGAAAGAAGUCUCCAUUCUGCCUGUUCAGUGGCAUGCCAUGUGCCUUGGUCUGUUUGCCUCAAUAAUAGCACCUUUUGGAGGCUUUUUUGCAAGUGGUUUUAAAAGAGCUUUUAAAGUCAAGGAUUUUGGUGACAGUAUUCCUGGCCAUGGUGGAAUUACAGAUAGAAUGGAUUGUCAGAUGGUGAUGGCUGUGUUUGCAUACAUCUAUCAUCAAUCAUUCGUCGUGCCUCAAAGUAUCUCAGUUGAGAUGAUACUAGAUCAGAUCUUGACGAACCUUACUUUUGAGGAGCAGCAUGCUUUGUACACAAAGCUUGGUGAAAUCAUUCAGGAAAGGCUGGUCGGACGUUCUUAGCCCACAUCCAUAAUGUUCUAACUCUGCGCAGCAUGUGAUACAUGGUAGCCAAGCAGUGAAAGAGAAAUGUUUGUAUAUGUUGACUUUCCUAUUUCGGAUUCGAAAUCUCUAGGUGGAGGCAUUCUUUAGUGUGCGCACUAUGUACAGCAUUAACAGGAUAUUCAUAAACUGUCAACGGCAUGUAUUGUUGAUUCUCUUCUUAAAACUGCAAUACAAUGGAAGAAUGAGAGGUGGCACAGGCAACUGAAGCUAUUUCCAAAGCCAGAUGAAAAGCUAAUAACAGUGUCAUGGCAGCACCAUUAUUGAGAAACCUAGAGAAAUGAGUUGAUUCAAGCUAGGUAAAGAGUGAUCUGCAUGUUACUUGUAAUUCCAGAAUCAAGCUGGCCGAAGAAUCUGAAAGUUCUCAAUCAGUUGGAAACGUUUAAGAUUCAUCAAUGAGUAGGUUUUGUUGGUUUUUCAUUAAAAUUAGAAACUCAAUGCACUUAGUGAAUAUGGAACAUUUCGGGUUGCUCUA